ACCUUCAGGAGAAGGACAAACAUCAUAGGCAGUGAGCUGUCGAGCACUGCCCCAACCUUGUCAAAGAGAGCAGCUGGACCCAUUUUUAUUUAGAACCUCCCUGUACAACCUCUGGGUCAUAGAAGAACAGGACAACGUUUGACACUUUCCAAAGACGUUUAACACACAUCAGCACAAAAGGCUACUUAGGCUGUCUUUGUAUGAAUUUGGUUGAUUUGAGAAACAAAUUAAAAAGGUGCUUUGAUUGAAGAAGUCACAUAGGCAUACUCACCAUUUCAAUGAUAUAAUAGGUGAUGGUUAUUGGAACAGCCAGAACAUUUACCACAGAGCAAGAGAUAUAGCUUGAGCAGCUACCAGACAAUUCCAGAACCAAAGAAUGGAUGACUAUAGGUACCGGGACAACUAUGAAGGCUAUGCCCCCAGUGAUGGCUACUACCGUAGCAAUGAGCAGAACCAGGAAGAAGAUGCACAGAGUGAUGUUACAGAAGGCCAUGAUGAGGAGGAUGAGAUCUAUGAGGGAGAGUACCAAGGCAUCCCUCAUCCAGAUGAUGUCAAGUCUAAGCAGAACAAGAUGGCACCCUCCAGAACAGAUGGCCUUCGGGGCCAGGCAGACCUGAUGGCUGAGAGAAUGGAAGAUGAGGAGCAGCUGGCUCACCAAUACGAGACCAUCAUUGAUGAGUGUGGCCAUGGGCGCUUCCAGUGGACCCUCUUUUUCGUCUUGGGUUUGGCCUUGAUGGCUGAUGGAGUGGAAGUGUUUGUGGUGAGCUUUGCUCUGCCAAGUGCAGAGAAAGACAUGUGUCUGUCCAGUUCCAAGAAAGGAAUGCUUGGGCUGAUAGUCUACCUAGGAAUGAUGGCAGGAGCCUUCAUCCUGGGGGGCCUGGCUGAUAAACUGGGGAGGAAGAAGGCCCUCAGCAUGUCACUGGCCAUCAAUGCCUCCUUCGCCUCCCUCUCCUCCUUCGUGCAGGGAUAUGGAGCCUUCCUUUUCUGCAGACUCAUCUCAGGCAUAGGGAUUGGGGGCUCUCUGCCAAUUGUUUUUGCCUACUUUUCUGAGUUCUUAUCACGGGAGAAACGCGGUGAGCAUCUCAGCUGGCUGGGCAUCUUCUGGAUGACUGGGGGUAUCUAUGCAUCUGCCAUGGCCUGGAGCAUCAUUCCACACUAUGGCUGGGGCUUCAGCAUGGGGACCAAUUACCACUUCCACAGCUGGAGAGUGUUUGUCAUCGUCUGUGUUCUGCCUGCCACUGUGUCCAUGGUGGCUCUGAAGUUCAUGCCAGAAAGCCCCAGGUUCCUGCUGGAGAUGGGCAAACAUGAUGAAGCAUGGAUGAUUCUCAAGCAAGUCCAUGACACAAACAUGAGAGCUAAGGGGACCCCUGAGAAGGUGUUCACGGUUUCCCACAUCAAAACUCCCAAGCAAAUGGAUGAAUUCAUUGAGAUCCAGAGUUCAACGGGAACUUGGUACCAGCGCUGGCUGGUCAGGUUCAUGACCAUUUUCAAACAGGUCUGGGAUAACGCCUUGUACUGUGUGAUGGGUCCCUACAGAAUGAACACCCUGAUUCUGGCUGUGGUCUGGUUCACCAUGGCCUUAAGUUACUACGGCCUGACGGUGUGGUUCCCUGACAUGAUCCGGUACUUCCAGGAUGAGGAAUAUAGGUCUAAGAUGAAGGUGUUUUUUGGUGAGCAUGUGCAUGGCGCCACAAUCAACUUCACCAUGGAAAACCAGAUCCACCAACAUGGGAAGCUUGUGAAUGAUAAGUUCAUAAAGAUGUACUUUAAGCAUGUCCUCUUUGAGGACACAUUCUUUGACAAAUGCUAUUUUGAAGAUGUGACAUCCACAGAUACUUAUUUCAAGAACUGCACCAUCGAAUCAACCACCUUCUACAACACAGACCUCUACAAACACAAGUUCAUUGACUGUCGGUUUAUCAAUUCCACCUUUCUGGAGCAGAAGGAGGGCUGCCACAUGGACUUUGAAGAGGACAAUGAUUUUCUGAUUUACCUCGUCAGCUUCCUGGGCAGCCUGUCUGUCUUGCCUGGGAACAUAAUUUCUGCCCUGCUCAUGGACAGAAUCGGAAGACUCAAGAUGAUUGGGGGCUCCAUGCUCAUCUCUGCAGUCUGCUGCUUCUUCCUGUUUUUUGGCAACAGCGAAUCUGCAAUGAUCGGCUGGCAAUGCCUGUUCUGUGGCACCAGCAUUGCAGCCUGGAAUGCCCUGGAUGUGAUCACAGUAGAGCUGUAUCCCACCAACCAGAGGGCCACGGCCUUUGGCAUCCUUAAUGGACUGUGCAAAUUUGGCGCCAUCCUGGGAAACACUAUCUUUGCUUCUUUUGUUGGGAUAACCAAAGUGGUCCCCAUCCUUUUGGCUGCUGCUUCUCUGGUUGGAGGUGGCCUGAUUGCCCUUCGACUGCCAGAGACUCGGGAGCAAGUCCUGAUGUGAGCAACCCUCCGGGGAGAGA